GAUUUAAUUAUAUUCAAUUUUCUUUUUUUUUACCUGCUCAGUUGAUAUUUAUGUGUGUUUCACUGUCAGCUUCCAUAUAUUCAACUUGGUCACAUGACGUCUUUCAAUCAGCUGUCAACAGGUCAAUGACAGUAACAUCAAGAGUUGUAAGAAAUUAAUACCUGUCCGAAAUGGACGUGAGUUUGGUGUCAGAUCAGGACAAUUUCAAAAGUGCCACAGAGAGUAGCGAGGAUGAGGAGACAGUUAGUGCCAAUGACCGACUCCUGACUGCUGCCAGGAACGGCCAAGUAGAAGUGGUCAAGGAUUUGAUCAGCAAAUCCAAACGUGGGGAGAUAAGUCUUGAUGUUAACUGUAAAGGCAAUCAGAAGUUUAACAGGGGUUGGACCUCUCUUCAUCUUGCUGCUUACUUUGGUCAUAAGGAUGUGGUGAAGAUUUUAUUGGAGAAUGGUGCUGGUAUUGAUGUUACAAACCCCAAUGGAGACACAGCUCUUCACAAGGCCGCUUAUACUGGCAGACUGGAUGUUGUACGAGUGCUUCUGGACUCUGGUGCUGAUGUUACACUGAUAAAUUCAGAAGGACAAACUCCAAGACUUUUUGCCAAAACAAAAGAAAUCAGUGAACUCAUUCUGGCUGCAGAAGACCAUGACAACAGAAAGAGAGAACAAAUCUUCCUGUCCUCUGUCAGAGAAGGAAAACUGGAUUAUAUCCAAGAUAUGUUACAAAAACAAGAGAAGAGACCCAACCUGAAUUGUAGAGAUGCAUAUGGAAAUUCUGCUCUCCACAUUGCUGCACAAGCUAAUCAAAAAGAGAUAGCAGUGCUAUUGAUUCAAAGUGGGCUAGCAGCAGACCUCAAAAAUGAAAAAGACAAAAUCCCUAUUGACUUUGCUCGGAGCAAUGAAAUGAAACAGAUUCUAGGAGUGAGACCAGUAAAAGAAUUCACUCUUCACCCCCACAGAUGUGAGGGGGUUCUCUUUAAGAAAUCAAGGUUUCUUGGAUUUAAGCCAGUCUUUGUGGUUUUGGAAAGGGGAGUCCUUUCUUACUUCAGGAACAGAGGGGAUGCCAGCACAGGGACCAGAAGAAAAGGAAUGAGAUACUUGGAUGGAACUGUAAUAUUGUUGCCAAAGAAGUCAGAAAACAACAAUUGUGAGUUUAUCCUGAAGUACUCUGACGGCAUCCAGCACACAUUUAGUACAGGGGAGGGAGAACAGGAAAUUGCACGACAGAAAUGGAUAAAUGCUUUGAAGGAUCACAUAAAUUACAGCUCCCAUUACACCCACCAGGGUGUGACCCAGUCAGAUGAUGAAGAGGAGAUUUUAUCUCUGGGGUCACUACAAGACACACUCAAAACUGCCCAGGCCCAGCAGAAACUGUUGGAAAAAGAGAUGGUAGAACUAACCAGUGCUGUGACCAACCCAGGAGGUCCCACACUGGUGAUACCACAGAUACAGAAAAUUUCUCAGAUGGCAGGGGAGAUGAGUAUUACUUUUAGCCAGUGUCUGACUCUUUUUCAACAACAGGAGGAGGUUAGAGCCCUCCAGUUGAAGGAGGAACUGGAGAAAUCUCGUGUCCUUCAGGAGGCACUUCAUGCACUGGCCACAGAGCAUCAUGAACUAGAGCAAUCCAUAGCUGUGAGAAAACCAUCUACACAACGGUACUACGAUACAGAUGAGGAUGAAUUCUAUGACUGUGAUGAAGAGAAUCUGGAAGACAGUAAUGGAAUACCUGUACAUGGUUCCUUUAAAGAGGAUGUGGAGUGUAUGUCCUAUCAGUCCAUUAAGUCUGACAAUUCUGAUAAGUCAAGAUAUGGAAGGACCAAGUUACCUGUACCUAUGUUUGACAGAAAUGACUUCAGUGUAUGGACAAUUCUGAAACAGUGUAUAGGCAAGGAGUUGUCCAAGAUAACUAUGCCAGUUGUAUUUAAUGAACCAAUCAGCUUUCUACAGAGAAUUACAGAGUAUUUGGAAUAUUCAGAGCUACUAGAAAAGGCCUGUACAUGUGAAGACCCUGUUGAUAGGUUAAAGUUUAUCUCGGCAUUUGCAGUGUCUGCUAUUUCAUCCAACUUUGAACGCUUAGGAAAACCAUUUAAUCCAUUAUUAGGAGAAACUUUUGAAUUUGAUAGACCAGAUUUGGGUUUUCGGUUGGUGAGUGAACAAGUAUCCCACCAUCCACCUAUCAGUGCAUUCUACGUGGAGUCUCCACAUUACAAAUUCCAUGGCUCCAUCCAUCCAAAACUCAAGUUCUGGGGCAAAUCUGUUGAAGUCAACCCAAAAGGCAUCCUAACACUAGAAUUAAAAAAUCAUAAUGAAACAUACACAUGGAGUAACAUCAAUUGCUGUGUUCACAAUGUAAUUGUAGGAAAACUCUGGGUAGAACAUUAUGGAGUUCAAGAAAUUCAGAACCAUAAUACGAAGCAUAAAGCUGUGCUGAAUUAUAAACAGGGUGGAUGGUUUGGGAAAGAUCUGAACAAAGUUGAUGGAUAUAUAUACAGUCCUGAUAAACAGAAACUAAAAGCCCUGUAUGGGAGUUGGGUGAAAGAGCUAUAUGCUGUAAAUCCAGAGGAGUAUGAUGAAUUUUUGAAGGAAUUAAACUCAGGAACCUCACCUAGUCAAAGUGCCAAACACUUAAAUGGUGCCAGUACAAGUACACAAACUUCAGACCAUAACAUUUCAGUUAAAUCUCCCUCCACAUAUGACCUAGAAAUUCCAGGACAGGAGAUUAUAUGGAAAGGAACCUCUAGACCAGAAUACUCUCAAGAAUAUUUCAGUUUUACUCUAUUUACUAUGGCUUUGAAUGAGAUAACAGAAGAGAAUGCCAAUAAGAUCCCCCCAACAGACUGUCGACUGCGACCAGACAUACGUCUGCUAGAGCAAGGACAAAUAGAUUUAGCAUCAGCUGAGAAAAACAGAAUCGAGGAAAAACAAAGAGCAGCCAGAAAAGAUAGAAAAAAGAAGAAGGAGGAAUGGUCACCACUGUGGUUUUCAUAUGGAGUGAAUCAGUGCACUGGGAAGGAGGACUGGUUAUAUAAAGAAGAUUACUGGAAGAGAGACUGGUCCAAAUGUCCAGAUAUUUUUUGAAACCAGCUGAAGAGGUCAUGAAUGUAACUUUUAUGAAAUUGAGCAAUGUGAAAGUAUGUAUCAGAUGGCCAUCACUGUGAACUCUCUGUAUUAGUCACUAGUCACUAAAUUACUGAUGUCCAACAGACUUUUCAUAUUAUAUCAAUACACAUUAUUGAUAGUUUAGUUUGGAAGAUGAAGCAAAUGUAAUAUAUCACACUACCUUUCAAUAAGACUGUUCCACUGUUUUAAAACAUCUAUCAAUUACUCUAUGAUUAUUAAUCUAUCAAAGUUACUGCAAACAUAGCACCUUAUUAAGAAAUAAAUUUUUACUGCAAUUUUA